AUGAAUGCUACAGGUUUAAUGACCACCCCAUUACCAGUCAAGACAGACAUGCUCUCCGCCGGUGACCUUUCGGUUUUUCAGUUGGGGUGGCCACUAGUUUAUCAGAACCAAGGAGUUGUACGGAACGACCUGUCCUCCAUGAUCAAUGAAUCUGCUUAUACUCUUCAGCAGCUCUCCUGUAUCCGUCCUCUUUAUGAGAAUUACUGUGACGACAACACAGUGGCUCCGCCCACGGCUUUGCUUCGUCCCAGUCUUGGUGCGAUGUUGGUUGAGCAACCUCAAUGUACUGGAAAGUUUAGCGACCCUAUCAAUACAUCUACCCAAGCAUCAAACUGCCACACAAUGUAUUCUACAAACAAUAUAAGUAAUAGUAAGGAUUCUAUCAAGGAUUCUGGCCUGAUUGUCCCUGUUGAAAGCGAUGUAAGUAAUUCUGAAAUUAAAGAGGUACAAGCACCGCCCGAGGGCUCUGAGCAGGCACGUUGUCAGUUGUGCCUUGAGCUUCCUUUCAACGGAUCGUUUGAUUCAGCAAUCAGCCCUGCCUUUCGGACUGCAUUCGUGAAGGAGGUCCGUGCCGGUCAGAGGCUGCGUCAGACCCCUGCGGUCUUUACCACAAAUAGAGUAAGUAUUCGUCCUGGCAUAUCUUUGAAUUCAUUUUGUUCGGCUCCUGAGUCAAUCUCUGCUCCGGCGAUGAACACCGAGAAUGUCGAUGUCGAGCAGGUAGUGUAUCCCCCAUCUUUGAAUGAAAUGGGACAGAUCCUGCCUACAGGCGUUUACUAUGGAGACCCCGGGUUUCCAAAAAUGGGGGUUGUUGGGCCUCUAUCUACUGCGGAUCAUGUGGGGUCAAUCACAAUGGAUCUUUUGACACCAUCUCCUACCUCAGAUAGCGUCGUUUCUGUGCUUGAUAAUUCCGUUAUACAGCACAGCGGCUCAGCUAUAUCCAUUAGCUCUUUGAAUGGCACUAACUUUCAGACAAUGGGGUCACAUUAUCCCUCCACUAGCGUGUUCCCCUACUCAACUCCUCUUACUCUAACACCUCAGAUCCCUGCAUAUUAUUGUCCUGGUAUCAUCGCAGGUCAACCAAUACAAUAUACUGUCGCCGCUUUGGGACACCCAAUCCAGCUGCAACCACCUCUGACCCAACCGUCUGCACACGCCAUGGUUUCUCAUGGUCUCCAGCCUCUACAUUCUCAGACCUAUGCUACACGACGGAAGCCCAGGCGCGCUUCUACCUCAUCGGGAGACGCUCAGAGCUCGCAGACACCCUUUUACUGGACGCGUGAGCAAGCAGAAUUAUUCGAUCGGGUCCAUCAUCGGAUUGGAGUCGACAGAGCAACUGAUAAGGCCAUAUGGGAUGAACUGCGCCAUCACAUUCCAAAUUUAACACAACGGAUGGUCCAAUCACGUCUGCAGAAACGGAGACUGGCCAUUCGUAAGUAUUAUAAACUCAAUCCAAAGAGCCAACUGAAAAGACACCACGUCCACCCAGAAUUUCAGACCAACAAUGAGCUUUAUCCAGUUGAGUGA